CGUUAUCACGGAAUAGAUUUUUAAUGACGUGUUAAUUGGUUUUAGUUGUUAUUGUUUCUUAAAUAAUCCACAUAAAAUCUCGGACGGUACGUAUAAAAAUAAGGAAUUUAACGAUAGCGGAAGCUGGAGGCAGGGAAGCCUCUCAAUGCCCAAUAGGUGGUGCGCAUCAUUAGUCAACCGGCGAAGCUUUUGAAACAGUUCGCAAACCAGGCCCAUCGGGCGGGGCUUACCCCAAGUGACAACAGAAUUGCGUGGAUACCAAGAUAAAAGUUGUCUUGAACAAUGAAUAGAGCGAGACACUGACCUGCCCCUGACUCUUGUCAUUGGUUGCCAGGUCGAGUCACCUGAGCCAACGCGACUAAAAGCAUGCAAGUGCAGAGAGUCGUUCUUAACUCUCGACCAGGUAAAAAUGGGGAGCCAAGCCCUAAAAACUUCCGCCUGGAACGGAUCAGUUUAACACCUGACCUGGAAAAUGGGCAAGUCCUUGUUCGGACUCUUUACCUCUCAGUCGACCCUUACAUGCGCUGUAGAAUGAAUGAAGACACCAGUGCGGAUUACCUGACUCCAUGGGAGCUGUCUGAAUGCGUGGACGGUGGAGGUGUUGGCGUGGUUGAAGCCAGCCGCUGCAGCGCUCUCACUGAUGGUGAUGUUGUCACUUCAUUCAACUGGCCUUGGCAGACUCAUGCUGUCAUGAUAGGAGAUGGUCUACAGAAGGUUGAUUUACAGAUGGUUGAUGGGCACCUUUCCUACUUUUUGGGAGCAGUUGGUAUAACUGGACUCACGGCACUGUUGGGAGUCAGGGAGAAGGGCCAUGUGACCAAAGGGGCCAAUCAGACAAUGGUGGUCAGCGGUGCAGCUGGAGCCUGUGGGUCCCUAGCUGGACAGAUCGGCCGGCUGGAUGGAUGUGUUAGGGUGGUUGGGAUAUGUGGUUCAGACGAGAAGUGCAAAUCUUUGGUCGAAGAUCUGGGCUUCUCUGCAGCAGUCAACUACCGCGGUGAGGACAUCUCUGCACGGCUUCAGGAUAUCUGUCCUGACGGCGUCGACGUCUACUUCGACAACGUAGGAGGCGCCGUCAGUGAAGCUGUCAUAGAGCAGAUGAACAAAGGAGGGCAUGUGAUCCUCUGUGGGCAGAUCUCCCAGUACAACAAGGAUGUGCCAUAUCCACCCCCUCUGAGCGAUAAGACACAAGAAAUCCUGCAAAGUCGAAGCAUCAUCCGGGAGAGAUUUAUAGUGCUUAGCUACAUGAGUAAAGCAGAAGCUGCCCUCUUUGAGCUCAGCCAGUUGGUAAAAUCAGCUCAAGUCAAGGUGCUGGAAACGGUGGUGAACGGUAUAGAAAACAUGGGAGUUGCAUUUUGCUCCAUGAUGAGAGGUGGAAACAUUGGCAAGCAAAUUGUAAAAAUAUCCGACUGAAGAAAACUGCCGUUGCUUCCAGCUUAGACGGCACUCCUAAUAUAUAUGUCCUGGGAAAAUGAAUCUACAGUUGCCUUUUAUCACCUCCAUUACUGUAACACUAACUUAAUAAACCCUUGUAGGUUUGUAACAUAAAAUAAAAUGAGAAAAUAAAUUGGCCACUCUUAUUUUCUAACUGUAUUAAAAAAAAGAAAUAAACCUGGAGCCAAUAAACAAAUGAGGCCCAGAUUAGAUGGAGCCCACUGGUUAUUAACUCUCCAGUGUUUGUAGUAGAUAAAUGUUUAAUAAGAACACAUCACUGAAGUACAUUUAUUCCUACACUAUUUUAACAUGUGCUGUAACAUUUUAAAUCCUUUUUUUUUCUGCAUAAGAAAAUAAAUGUGUUAAGAAGA